CCUAGCCGUGCAAGAUUAGUAUGGUAUUUACUUUGUUCGUGUAUACUUGUAUUUUCGAGAAAAAUUUUCUGCGUGUAACGAUUCAAACCGAUAGGAACCGAUUGAAAUUACAUCUUUGAAUACCAAUCCGUUUCAAUCGUUUUCAAUCAGUGUAAUCGUUAUAAAAUCAUAACAAUUCAAAUCGAUAGAAUCCGAUUGAAAUUACAUCCUUGAAUACCAAUCCGUUUCAAUCGUUUUCAGUCGGUGUAAUUGUUAUAAAUCCGUGAUUUCCGGAUCAAGAAUCCAGAUUCAUGCGGAUUCAAAAUUUUUAAUCGGAUUCAAUCGGUCAUUUUUAGCAGGGUUAUUUCAAAGAGUACUGUUUUAUAAAAGUUUACUGACUGUUUUUAUCUAAAAUAUAUAUACAUAUUCGUAUAUAUGUUGCUUAUAUUGAGUUGGUAUACAGAGCUUAUCAGAUUUCUUUCUCAAUCACAGACGCAUGAAGCUGUUAAGAAAGACCGAUCUAUGCUGGAAUACAACGUUAACCUAAAAAUAGAUAGUGACAGUGGCAGAGUCGUGACCAUCGCCGCGUGAUAGAUGACAGUGAUAGUGAAAUAUAUAUUGACGGCAGGGAGCUGAUGCCGAGGAGAUCUUUCAGAAAGAAGGUGUAUCCAAAAUCGCACACGAACAUUUUAUAUUCAACUAUAUGGUAUACAAUUUUGCCGCUAUAUAUUGACCGCAGGGAGCUGAUACCGAAGAGAUCUUUAAGAAGGAAGGUGUAUCCAAAAUUGCACAUGGGACUUGUGAGUUAUGCGAAGCAAUUGAUACUGUUAAGGUUCAUUGGUCAUAUGAAGAUUGCACACGUCAAGCUUGACAUCCUAAAGACAUCUUACACAAUGCAUUCUGAAAACGAUACCGUGCAGGUUCGUUGGCGUAUACGUGGUGUCAUCACAGGCUGGAAGGUAUUUUCUGUGUUUUGGAAGUAAAAUUUGUAAAAUACAACAUGUCAUAAAAUAAACGCUAACCAGGAAAUGUAAGUGUAAUCAGUGUUCUAAACAUUCCUUUUAAACAUUCCU